GAGUCGCAGCCUUUAUCUCUGGCAGCAUUUAAUCCCUGCCUUCAGAAUUUUCCUUUGCCGACACACAAUCUUUCCAUCUCCGAUUCAUCUGCACUCCCCUCUCCAAUCGACGAAAAUCAGGUGACAAUGUGUCCGCUCAGGUUCAUCUUGGUGUUUUUCUCUGCAGUUUUAGCUGGGUAUCUUGCGUGGAGAACUGUACGGUCCUCGCCGGAUGUUGAGGAAAUUAUCGCCGACGGUUCCACGGCGGAGAGGACGGCGGUCAAGGACAACGAAGAACUCAAUUUCAAAAGGAUGGUUCAGAGUGGAUUCUGGGUAUUCGUUGACAUGGCCAGCGGGAAGUAUCUGUGGAGGAAUCUGAGGGACUUGAAGAAGAAAGAUGAGGUCAAGAGCUGUUAGGACUUUUGAGUUACAAUUGUGUAAUCAAUAAUGAUCCAAAUAGUUGAAUAUAUGAUUUUUCUUCUUUUUCACAAUCUCUUCUUGAAGCAUUGUGCAGUUUUUUCGGUGAAAUUCUAAGUAAAAUUGUUACUUCUUGUCUCAGAUCAAUGGUAAGAAACCAAAAAUUAUCAU